CCCGCAGCAUCAGUCAUUGCAUCUUUAGUAUUCUCAAGCAUUUCUAUCGUUCACCAUGGCGGUUCAGGCGCCGCAGGAAGAUACACUUAGAUUCCAGUCGACAUCCAAGUCGGUACCCAACCUCCGUCAGCUAUCGAAGAAAGAGCGGUUCGAUUUCUACUCUGAACUGAUAGAACAGCGGCAUAUUAUUUUCAUCACCCGUCCGCCCUAUAGUCAGGGCAAAUUUACCCAAGUAUGGGAGGACUACGCCGAAUAUCGUGCGGAAUUGAAAGAGUGGUUCACAGCUUUUGGGAAGAAGAAGGGUCUAUACCCGGUCUACAGCCAUGGGAUAGUCAACAAAAGAACGACCAUUAUCCAUGUCUUCAACGUUGAUGUCUUUUAUCCGCCCCAUAGCGAUGCCCAGAUGAGAACGUUUCAUUGUUGGCAGCAGGAGAUGGCAUCGACAGCUUUCACUACAAAUCAACAGCGAGCUGCUCUUGCUAACGGCGUUACACUCUCGAGGCUUCAGAUCGUCCCCAAGCCAGAGGGACCUCCUCUCAAACCGUGGCGUGCGGUGCCUUUCGAAUACCCACUCAAGACCGAGGAGCCUACUCUUCCUGUAUACAGUCAGUUCAAUAGAUCUCGGCGACCUCUUAGACGAACAUGGGUAAAUCAGGAUGGACCAGCACAGCGUCAGACAAAGGUUACCAUGCGCCACGACCACCCUACUCGCCCACAGUCAAGGAACUCACCAGGCUCUCCGCGACCUCGUAAAACGUCUUCGCCAACCAAAGCCCCUCAACGUCCAGCUUGGCCUGGAGCUGCUCAUAGGAGGGCAUAUGAUAAGCGGAGGGAGUCACCUGUUCCAAGGCAGGAGAGAAGAAUUACUCAUGAGGGUCAAAAUGGGCUCAGACCGGCGACUCAGAAUCCCUGGGGUCCCUUCCAAGCUGCGGCGUCUCCCGCCCCAAUGAGACCUCCGAGGAUGUGAAUUAGGUGGUUCUUCUGCUCUUUAUCAUCGGCGAGUAAAGGAAGGUUACUGGUUUCUGGUGCUCUGGAGUUGGGGACUUGCCCCUUGCAUGUUUCGGAAGUUUGAACUUACUGCUGGCGUCUCUCGUUUCCUGCAUGUCGAAGAAUCGAUAUUGCUGUGCGUGGAUUGGUCUUAGUUCGGUC